GCAAGGAUCAUAAUCAAUUCUUUCUGUCAGCACUGUGGAAGAAGAAAAAAAAAAGCUUACGUCACAGUCAUUACUGGCCCUAUAAAAGCCAGAGUAAUGCAGAUUCACUGUGCAGACAACGCAGCUACCUUCCCUGGCAGAGUGCGGCACAUCUCCGAAAUCAUGACUUCAACUGGCUUUGACCCUUAUCUCCCUUCUACUUACAAGAGGAGAGUGGUUGUGCGCAACGCAGGGUAUGGCGGAGGAAUUGGAUCCAGGUCUGCUUACUCCAUGCACUCGGCCCCAGCGACAUCCCGCGUUUCUUCACGCAGAAGUUAUUCAACAUCCACCAGAGCUCCUCCGAGCUACUCCCCCAUCCUUCCUGCUGCAGCUGCCACUGAGCUCCGCCUCGAGCAGGCGGUCCAAGUGAGCUCCGAGUUCAAACAGCUGAGGACCCAGGAGAAGGCUGAGCUUCAGGACCUCAACGACCGCUUCGCCAGCUUCAUCGACAGGGUCCAUGAGCUGGAGCAGCAGAACAAGCAGCUGGAGACGGAGCUGCUGCUCCUCAGGCAGAGGCAGGCGGAGCCGUCCAAUCUCAGGGCCCUGUAUGAGCACGAGAUCCGCCAGCUCCGUGCUGCCGUCGAAGAGGCCCACCAUGAGAAGCAAGCGGCCCAGGACCACAGAGACGAGAUGGAGGAUGUGCUGAAUAACCUGCAGAAGCGCUACAAGGACCAAGUCCUUGGCAGAGAGGAUGCGGAGGCACGGCUCAUGGAUGCCAGGAAGGGAGCAGAUGAAGCCGCCCUGGGCCAGGCGGAGCUUGAGAAAAGGGUCGGCAUCCUCCUGGACGAGCUGGCCUUCCUGAAGGGCCUCUGCGAGAGCGAGAUCGCCGAGCUCCAGGCCCAAAUUCAAUACAGCGUUGAGGUGGCGGUGGAGAUGGAGGUCUCCAAGCCGGACCUGUCCACCGCUCUCCGCGAAAUCCGUGGCCAGUACGAGACGAUGGCCCAACGCAACCUGCAGGCGGCGGAGGAUUGGUUCUGCAACAAGAUGACCGUGAUGGCCGUGGGCUCGGCCCGCAACACAGAGAGCGCCCGCAGCACCAAGGACGAAGCCGGCGAGUACCGCAGACAGCUCCGAGACAGAACCCUGGAGAUCGACGCCUGCCGGGAGAUGAACCAGUCUCUGGAAAACCAGCUGCAGGAGGUGGAGGAGAAGCAGAGUGCUGAGAUCUCUGCGUUGCAGGACACAAUAAGUCAACUGGAGGAGGAACUGAGGGCCAACAAGAAUGACAUGGCUCGCUACCUGAAAGAUUAUCAAGACCUCUUGAAUGUGAAGAUGGCACUGGAUAUUGAGAUUGCAGCAUACAGGAAGCUUCUCGAAGGCGAGGAGAUCCGCUUGAGCGCGCCCAAACCAGGAUCCUUCGCCGUUUACUCUCAGACCAUGAGCCACGCUCCAGCUUACGGACGAGCGCAGGUCUCCACGCAGUCUCUGCUCAGCUCUGCAGCUCCCUACAUGCUGAGCUCCCGCUUGUUUUCCCCGUCGCUCCGCACAGACGACGUGAUAACCGCAAGCCAAGCCCAGCAGGCGGAGGCCAGCCUUCCUCAAGAGGAAGAGGAGGCAGAACAGGUGGAAGAGGAGGAGGAGGAGGAGAAGGAGGGAGAAGAGGAAGAAGUGGCAGACGAGGGGGAGGAGGAAGAAAAGGCUGAGGAGGAGGAGGAGGAGGAGGAAGAGGGAGGGGAAGCUUUAGAGAGAGAAGAGGAAGCAAAAGAAGAAGAUGGAGAGGAUCAGGAAGAGGAGGCUAAAGACGAAAAAGAGGAAGAAGAGGGAGGAGAAGAAAGCCAACCUCAAGAGGAAGGUGACACUGAACAAAAAGAAGGGGGCGACGAGGAUGUAAAGGAGGAGGAGGAGGAGGAGGGUGAAAAAGAAGCAGAAGAAGAGGAGAAAACUGCAAAACCAUCUGAGAAGAAAGUUUAGACCAAAACAAAUCAAAGUUUUCUGGUGCUCAAGAUGCCUCAUAAAAAAAAAAAAAAAAGAGAUAUAGUGUCCUUAUGAGCUCGGAAGAUUGUACGUGUCACUCGAACCACUAACAGCAUGUAUGCACAUGUUUACAGAGCUACGGCUAGCAAUGCAACCAGCAAAAGGCGGGAUCCGUCAGGAGCAGAGUCUCCUGUGCGGGGGUCCGUCAGCAGGGGCUUUAACGGCCGCCAGAACGUGCUUAUUAUGUCCGUAGGUCUAGCAACGCCUUACCUCCACUCCCUCCCAAUGCUUUGAGUCUAUAAAAUAUGCUGCAUUGAACUCCAAUAAAGCCUUGAAGCCUUAUCAACCUGAA